CAUUGUUUUUUUUUAUGUUGUGAGUGCGUGCAUUUGUGUUGUCCGGUGUUUGAAGACGCUUGGAAUUUCGCUUUCAAUAUCUUCGUAAGAAAAAUGUCGGGUGAUACCGAUAAAGCAAAAAUCAGUGAUAAUCAGGAUGAGGACAAAAAGUCAGGUGCCGGGGACGGCCAGACUACAGAAGAUGAAUCAUCCCAGGAUUCCAAGGGUGAGUCGGCUGAACCUGAGGUGCAAGGUAACGCAGUAGAUGAACCAGACAACAGUCAGCCACCAGAAGGUGACGCAAAAUCGACCACGGCAAACGGUAAAGACGACUUAGGCGGUGAAGAUGUCAAAGAUGAAAAGGCAAAAGCAGAUGUGGACAAAAAGGAAGAAAAUGGUGAGACACACGAAGAGGAUGAUAAGGAAGACGUGAAAGAAAACGAUAAGCCAGCUAAAAAACCGGCCGCCAAGAAAAAACCCAAAAAGGAGGAUACAGAGGAAGAAGAUGAGGAGGACGAGGAAAUGGACGAAGAAGAGGAAGAAGAGGGAGAGGAGGGAGAUGAAGAGGAUGAGAAGAAACCUAAGGCCAAUAAAGUAAAGAAACCGGCAAAGAAAGCAAAAGAAGGCGACGAAGAAGGUGAAGAAGAUGAGGAGGAGGGAGAAGAUGAAGAAGGUGAGGAGGAGGAGGAAGAAGAGGAAGAGGAGGCCCCGAAACCUAAACCCAAGAAAGAGCCCACUGAGCCCCCGGUCCCUCUUCCUGCGGGCAAAGGUAUCCCUCUGGGUCACAUCAGCAACGUGGAAGUAUCACUCUCAAGGUUUAAGACACAGGACCAGAAGCUUUUACAUCAGUACUUGUAUGGACAACUGUGUCUGGACCGAAACGUGAAGCGGAACAUCAAGAAGUUCAGAGGCUACGAGUGGGCCGUCGGCUCGUCCGACUACAAGGCCAAGUUGGAGGAGACCACUAAGAUGGAACCCAAGCAGAUUAGGACCAUGUGCGAGAUGCUGGAUUUAGAUAAGAAAGGUGGAACAACAGAACUCGCAGCCCGCCUGGUGGGCUUCCUGCAGUGCCCCACGGCCAAUUCGCCUCACGCGAGAGGAGUGGCACGGCCUCCGCCCACUGCUACCUCGACACCUGGAGGCAGACCCAGGAGAUCUGUCGCCGUCAAAGUUCACAAUCGAGGCUAUUCGGAUGAAGAGUAUGAAUCGGACCCAGAGAAAGUCAAAGGACCCAAAGUACCCAAGGAGGGCUCGGAAGAUUCAGAUGGGUCAUUCAACCCGAGCGGAUCAGAAGCGGACUCGGACUUUGACCCCGAGGUAGGAGAGGGAGCCGGGGUUGUCGGAAAGAAACGCAAGAGCAGCGGACGACGUCGCUCCUCGGGCAAGGCGGGCAAGAAGGGCAAGAAGAGGGGGAGGAAGGCCAGCGGGAAGGGAAGCAGAGGUCGCGGCCGCAGGGCGAAGUCGGACAGUGAAGAAGAGAGUGACAAGUCAGAGAGUGAGAGCGAUGGAGGAGGCGAGACUGGCAGCGAGGGAGAAGAGUCUGAUGAGCGGAAAUCAAAACGCGGUCGGCCGAGCGGGUCCGUGGCCAGAGGGCGCAAAGGCCCCCCAGCCAAGAUGGCCAAGGCUGCGCUGGCCAAGCGGAAAACGGCCUCACCGCCAGCUAAAAAGAAGGGAAAGCCAGGCAGGCCAGCCGGUAAGAAGGGAAAGAAGGCAUCCUCAGACGAAGAAUCCGGAGAAGGAAGCGAAGAGGAGGAGGAGGAAGGUAGCGAGGAAGAAGAGAGCGGAGAGGAGAGUGACGGCGGCCCGGCUGACAAGAAGGCCAAGAGACCGCCUACCGACGACGAGAUAAAGAAGUACGUGAAGCAGAUCCUGGAAGGCGCCAACCUGGAGCAGAUCACUAUGAAGACGGUGUGCAAACAGGUCUACUCGCACUACCCCGACUUUGAUCUCGCGCACAAGAAGGACUUCAUCAAGGCCACCGUCAAGUCGUGUAUUUAAGAUGUAAAGAUUGAGCGGAGUAGUCUACAUAGCGUUAUCUAUUACUAUAGUUUUAAAGGACAUAUUAUUACAAUAAUAAUAAUAAUAUAUUAUCAGAAUAUAUUUUUUUUAAUAUCCGCAAACGUGUGGAACGGAUAUCCGCCCGCUUUACAUUCAGCUCAUAUCAUCGUGAGCGACUCGGCCGCAUAGCAUAGUCCUAAGCCACAACUUAGACUAAUUGUACACACGAUCAUUACAUUGCCACAAUUGACAUAUUUUUCAUAUUUUAACAGUUUUAUUACUAUUAGCUGUAUUAUUCAUUUGUGAAUUGUAUUGAUUUUUUUGAAAUUACCUAGAGGUAUAUAGGGGGACCAGUAUUACGUAAACAGUUGGGAUAUUUGGUGAUUACGUCAAUUGUAAUUAUUACUGUCAUGUGUAUUAUUACACGAAGUGCAUUUUUGCAAUUCCUACAGAAAAUUAAUACAUUUAUGUACUAUUAUUUUUAUGAGAUUUGCUUACUUUUGCUGACAAGAGGGGGAGUGGGGGGAGGAUAAAUUGCAGUAAAUCUGCUUACGUAAUACUUAACGGCCCCAUAUGUUUAUCUGUUUCUUUAAUACAUAAAGACUAAAUGUAUUUUUUGAGCGUUUUAAAGUCCUGGGUUUGAAUCUCGGGGAGUGUAUCGUCUUGGAAAUAUGAAAAAUAUGUACGCGGUGUCCGUUUGUGUUUUAUUUGUAGACGUAAAUCCCGUAGGUUAAGUGUAACGUAUAGAAUUUAAGAGAUUUCUGUUGUGAUAGCUCAUGCCUAAUCCUAGAUUAUUGGUUGUAUUUUAUAAUUUUGAAAAUUUUAAUACAUUUAUAACACUGGUAAUUGGAAACAUGUUUUAAUUGACAAUAAGAUAUUGGUAGCUUUUAUAACAUGAACUUUUUCUCCAACUCUACUUUGGGUCCAAGAUACGAAAGCAAAUUAACAUCUUGUGAAUCGGGCAACACAUAGGCCUUUGAAGCUCCAAUGUUGCCAAUGUUUCGAUUUCAUCCUUGCAGAUGAUGAUGGCAGGAAGCAAUUUUUUAAUGCAUGAGCUAUCUUUUAAAGUACAUGUCUAAACUGUUUUGUUUCUGUUGCUAUCGCUUAUUUCACUUGUUUUUAAAUUCAAACUUAUAUGUAACGUGUGUCUGUCAUUCAAAUUUCUGAAUUAAGUCAGUGAUUUUUUUUAAUGAAAAUAUCCUAGAACAUAAAAACAAGUGGAGUCGGCGUGUCUAUUUGUUUGUACUAGCGUUUGGGCAUCACAGGCGUGGAAUCAUAGGCCGCUUGGGCCUCUGUUAAUUUCGCGAUUUUAAGUAUUUUGAGGAUUUUUUUUUAAAUUUAGUUAUCCCCAUAUUAACCCCGAUUUGGAUCACGUGUAAAAAAAUGUUGUUAAUUGAUUUUUAACUGAAUUUAAGGUUACAUUAAGCCUAGCCUAGUUCUAUUGAAGUCUACUGAGCGAGAUACUAAUUAAGAUUCGAGUUAAGAGUACUUUAAGUGUGUAAAUAUUACACGGAGUGCAGAUUUGGUAAAAAAAAAACAUCGGAAAAAAUUCAUGAAAUCGCUUAGUUUUAGCUUAGGCAUGCCGUUUUCUGUGCAAUACACAGUUCGCUUCGGUGGGUCCUUCGUCUUUGAGCCCACUGGAAUCGUUUACGAAUGGCGCCGAGUCAUAAAUCGAAUAUAUUUUUAUCCGGCGUCAAGUUGAUGACUAUUUUUUAAUCAAUUUACAGUAGCUUAGGUGCUUUGGCAUUCUUUCGCAACUGUGGCCGAACUUCGCUAUGUCCGUGAAAGGUUGGGGCGCGCUCUGACGCCCCGAUGCCUCCCCGGACGGAGGCCUUGUCAAUAUUAAGCCUCCGGCCGCGGACGCAUUGGCCCAUUGCCCCUUCGGCCUCCGAGCGCGUCCCAAUGUAGCUAAGAUAGAUAUAAUCAACAUUAAAUGUGUAUUUGUGAAUUUUAACCUUAUUUUGGUUAUGUAUUUGGUGUAAAUGGCUGGACAGUAGUGUAGGCGGAGCGAAUGACAGGUUUCCCUUUUACAAUUGGAGUAUAGAAUAAAGCAAAUAAAACAUU